UACGACCUCCUCAGUGGCGGGCGGCGCGGAGCAAUGGUGACGUCACGCGGAGCCCUGUGACAUCACGCCGCGGCAGACCGUCCGGAGAGCGCGCGAUGUGGGGAGCGGAGCUGCGCGCGCGGGUGAACGCGCUGCUGAGCGCGGCGGUGCAGGAGGUGCUGGAGGCGGUCAAGGAGACGGUGAGCGAGUACGAGGAGCACCGGAGCCGGACGGAGCGCGAGAACGAGGCGCUGCGGAGGAGAGUGCGCGAGCUGCAGGAGCAGCUGCGCCGAGACAGCGCGGUUGCCCAGCUCACUGCAUCCCUCCCUACCACCUCCUGUGGACAUGAGCAGCCACCCACACUGAGGUGUAGUCAGCAGUCAAACACAGUGGUCAGAGCAGUGGAGGACAAGCCGGUCCUCAAGCAGGAACCUUUGGCCGACAGCCAGCAGGGUUUGUGUCCUGCGGAAAUAAAAACGGAAAUGGAGCAGGUCGACUAUCCCGCCUCGGAGCAGCCCAUGCCUCAUAACAGCUUCAUCGCCGUUGAUUCACAUUUCCACAGUUCCCAAACCGAGCUUCCUCCUGAGCUUCCGGUCACCGAGAUGGACUUCCCACCGAUGGCUCCGUGCAUGAAUGCAGAAGCUCUGAACGCUUUUGUGGAGCCGUUCCCUUACGAAGACGAGCCAGGCCUGCCGCUGGAUGGCUGGAGGCAGCGGGCGGGCCAGCAGGAUCAAGAGGAACGCCACAGCUGCCUCGUGUGCGGGAAAACCUUCAGCCGAAUUGGGAACCUCCGCAGCCACCAGCGCUGCCACACCGGAGAAAAGCCCUACACCUGCCUUCACUGCGGUCGGCGCUUCAGCCACAGCGGAAACCUCCAGAAACACAAACGGGUGCAUACAGGAGAAAGACCUUACCGCUGCCUGCAGUGCAGCAAGACGUUCUGUCAGUCCAGCCACUUGAAGAAGCAUCAGAUGAUCCACGCAGACCGGCAGAUGAUCGUAGGGAGGACGGAAAUGGAACUCUGAAGGAAACCUGGGUUUUGAUGAACAUUCCAGAGAUUGAGAGUCACUAUUUUAUUCACUUCAAAGUAUUUUGUCUUGUUCAUUAACAUUAAGUGUGUUUACAUUAACUCAAUAAUCUGAUCGUGAUCAGAUUUCUGCAGUUAUCUGGUUAUUCAGAUCAUGUAAACACUCUGAUUUCUUAGAUGGGAGUAAGGUCUAGAAAUCCGAUUAAGAAAUCUGAU